GUCGAUGAGUGCGCUUCUGAAAUGCACCCCGCAAACUCGAACAGACCUUUGCUUCGAAUGCCAACACGAUUUGCUGGACUGUCCACGCUCAGAAUACAAGAUGAUCGACGAAGAUUGGAAGUACUUCUCCUACGCCGGCGCGAUUACGCCUGGCGGACCGAGUCGUUGGGACAUACUUGAUUGGGAUCAACGCCGAACCAUUUCAGUUAAUCUUGCCACGGAAGAGGAUGAUAGUGAUGUCGCGAUAAAUCUCCUGAGGAAACACGCGUAUAAGCUUGACCCGGACGUCUUCGCCAUCACAAUCUCUGAACAGAAUGAACUUGCCGUUUCUAAAGAUCCAGAGGAUGACGAGACGCAGGUUCCCCACUAUCCUGCUUUGAACGAUGUCGAGUAUGCGGCACGGACGCAAACGGUAUCUAGAAGGCAGCUCCGCGAGGUUGAGCGAUUUGGACCCAAUGUGGACCUCACAUGCUAUGCUUCGCCAAAUUCAGGUGGGGCUAAGAAAGUCGUCUUCAAGUACUACUUCCUAGAUCGGUUCCUGUUCAGGCGAUGGGACGAGCUCGACAUCUGGAUGCGUUUGCCCCCGCAUCCUUUUAUCGUUCCGUUCGACCGGCUAGUUGUGGAUAGUCUUGAGGGCAGAGAAGUUAUCGUCGGAUUUACAAGUGUCUACAUACCAGGAGGCACAGUUGAGGAAAACGUGUCUCGGAUUUUCAGGCUCGAGUGGUUGAAGCAGCUUCUGUGUGCCGUUGACGAUCUCAACCUCAAAUACGGCAUUCAGCAUCAGGACAUAGCCCCACGGAACCUUUUGGUGGACGAAGAGGCCGACAAGCUGCUUGUGUUUGAUUUCAACUUCGCUGCUCGCAUUGGAUAUCCGAUCCAGGAAGAGGACCAUGCGCAGUACGAUGUGGACCGAGGCGACGUCAAAGGGGCUGUGUUCACAAUUUAUGAAAUAAUCACGAGGGACAUGCACUUCCGAGACGUGCCACACGACGAGCAAGACUCCACCCAAAUUCUCAACAUGGAACAGUGGCAACAACAUCCACAAGUCCGACUUGACCAUCCCGUGGCUGAGUUUCGGUCAGUCCUAAACUCAUGGAUCAAUUCUAGGCGACAACUGCAGCAGGUCAAUCACUAUACGGAAGCUCCAGAGUACAUCGACUGGCCGCAAUUGAAGCCUCCCCAUCACGAUGAUCCUGCAUACUCUGAUCUCAAUAUCGACGGGGAUGGCUACGAAGUUGAGUGGUCAGCAUAUUGCAGAGACAAGCGGGAGCAAGGCCUGGACUUCCUAGACUGGCAGCGUCCCCCUCAAAGUGAAAUACCACAAGGAUCUUAUGUCUUGGCAUCCGGUGCCAUAAUUACAGAAGAGCGUUAAAAAGCUGCGGUACAUUGAAAUCCGGGUGUACCUUUAUUUCGCGUUGAGUUCGUCGCUAGGGUUUAGGUUUAUUUUCUACGAGAAAAUCAUUUUGUGGAUGAUAACACGCACUCGUUGUUAGCCUCACGCCCUCAAUUCAGAUUAAAAG